CUCCAUACCCAUCUUUUAUUUCAUUUUUCCACUUGGCUGAGCCAUCCAGAGCCUUUUCAAUGUAUAAAAUGGAAUAUUCUUACCUCAAUUCCUCUGCCUACGAGUCCUGUAUGGCUGGGAUGGACACCUCGAGCCUGGCUUCAGCCUAUGCUGACUUCAGUUCCUGCAGCCAGGCCAGUGGCUUCCAGUAUAACCCGAUAAGGACCACUUUUGGGGCCACGUCCGGCUGCCCGUCCCUCACGCCGGGAUCCUGCAGCCUCGGCACCCUCAGGGACCACCAGAGCAGUCCGUACGCCGCAGUUCCUUACAAACUCUUCACCGACCACGGCGGCCUCAACGAAAAGCGCAAGCAGCGGCGCAUCCGCACCACUUUCACUAGCGCGCAGCUCAAAGAGCUGGAGAGGGUCUUCGCAGAGACGCACUACCCUGACAUCUACACCCGGGAGGAGCUGGCUCUGAAGAUCGACCUCACCGAGGCGCGAGUCCAGGUGUGGUUCCAGAACCGCCGCGCCAAGUUCCGGAAGCAGGAGCGGGCAGCAGCGGCCGCCGCGGCCGCGGCCAAGAACGGCUCUUCGGGAAAGAAGUCCGAUUCGUCCCGGGACGACGAGAGCAAAGAGGCCAAGAGUACCGACCCGGACAGCACUGGGGGCCCCGGCCCCAACCCCAACCCCACUCCCAGCUGCGGGGCGAGUGGCGGCGGCGGCGGCGGGCCCAGCCCGGCAGGAGCCCCGGGGGCUGCGGGGCCCGGGGGCCCGGGAGGUGAACCCGGCAAGGGAGGCGCGGCGGCGGCGGCGGCGGCUGCGGCGGCGGCUGCUGCGGCUGCGGCGGCGGCAGCGGCCGGGGGUCUGGCUGCAGCCGGGGGCCCUGGACAAGGCUGGGCUCCCGGCCCCGGGCCCAUCACCUCCAUCCCGGAUUCUCUCGGGGGCCCCUUCGCCAGUGUCCUAUCUUCGCUCCAAAGACCCAACGGUGCCAAAGCCGCCUUAGUGAAGAGCAGUAUGUUCUGAUCUGCGA